ACUUCAUAAGUCAAUUCUAACACAGCUGUUUCCGAUUUGUUUCAUUUUAUGGGGUGUGUUCUUCAAUAAUAGAGAUUUUUCUGUGUUGAUUGAUCAGUCUAGCUAUCGAGCUCCUAGCUCCCUCAUGGCUUCUUCUUCUGUAAUGGUUAUAUUCUUACUCAGUACUGUUUUGAUUAUCUCGAUCAUACCCAAUGUAAAAGCUCAAAGAAACCACUCCAAAUCCAAUUUAAUCAGCCUGGGCUCCUCUCUAUCCCCCCAUGUUAAUGACCUCAGUAUUUCUUCAUGGCUGUCAUCUUCUGGCCGUUUCGCCUUCGGUUUCUACCCACAAGGCAACGGCUUUGCUGUUGGUAUACAGCUUCUUAAUCCACCACAAAACACAGUUGUGUGGACUGCAAAUCGAGAUGACCCCCCUGUCUCUCCAAACUCUACACUGAAACUAACAAGAGACGGUCUCUUGCUUCGGUCAGAGGGAGGCCAAGAAAUACGUAUUACUAAUGGCUCAAGUUUACUUGAAACUAAGGCGAUAUCAAAUGCAUCAACUGCAGCUGCAGCUAUGCUUGAUUCCGGAAACUUUGUGCUGUAUAAUGAGACGUUUUUUGUCAUAUGGAAGAGCUUUGUUUUCCCAACUGAUACAAUACUGGCAGGACAAGAUUUGCAGAUGUCCAUGGGUCUGGUAUCUAGUGCAUCUGUCGCAGACCACUCCAGCGGGCGAUUUUCCCUGAAGAUGCAGAAUGGAAACCUUGCAGCCUACCCGCCAAACAGUUCUUCUGCUUAUUGGUCUAUUAUGACCACUAGUUACCGACUUAGUCUCAACCUAUCAGGCUUUCUCGUUUUGAAUAGCCAAAUAAGCCAAUACAGCCGUCUGAGUACUCCGACCACUCAGGUCUUGGCAAACAGCUCGUACCAUCAGCCACAAGACAAUCAAACCACAAUCUAUCGAGCAACACUUGAUGUCGAUGGGAAUUUCAGAUUGUACUUGCAUAACUUUCUGAUGUCCGGUAGUUCAGAGGGAGCUGUAAUGGCUAUUUGGUCAGCUUUGCAACAUCCAUGCGACGUCCAAGGCAUUUGUGGCUUCAACAGUUAUUGUGAAGUAGUCAUGCAAAAGAAAGCAGCUGAAGUUGAGUGCAAAUGUUACCCUGGAUUUGUUUACCACAACGCCAGUCAGAAGUCUCUGGGGUGCUAUCAUAAUUUCACUGUAGACGGCUGCACCGGAAAUGAAGAGCCACGGCUGCGGUACAAGGUAGAGGCCUUGGACAAUGCAUCGUGGAAUAAUCAUCCUUAUUUAGUGACACCUAUUCGAAACAAGGAAGAUUGCAGUGACUCUUGCCUGGGAGACUGCAAUUGUUGGGCUGUGCUAUAUACAGAUGCUGAUUGCAGAAAAUACAAGCUUCCACUUUUAUAUGGCAAAACAACUUCAAGUAUAUCCUCUAAGGGUUUCUUCAAAGUGCUUCUACCGAGAAAUAUGGAUGGCAUGCCAAACAAUUUUCCCGAACUACCCAAAAGCCCGACGGUAACUGAAAGCAAGAAUAAUAGUCUAAUUCUAAUUCUUGCCAUCACUCUGGGUUCCAUUGCAUUCUUGUGUUUUGUCUUUGCCAUCUCGAGUUUCACCAUAUACAAGCACCGAGUUCAUAGGUACGAGAAGCUCUUGAAACAUUCGAGUUUGGCAUUAGCUGAUCAAGAGUACUUCACUUUACAAUCGUUUUCUUAUGCUGAGCUCGAAAGAGCAACAGAUGGCUUCAAGGAAGAGAUAGGAAGGGGUACUUUCGGAGCUGUUUAUAAAGGAACUCUAUCCGGGGGCAGCUCUAACAAAACUGUUGCUGUUAAAAGACUGGAGAAAGUGGUUGAUGAAGGAGUAAGGGAAUUUAUAGCUGAAAUUACCACCAUUGGACGAACUCACCACAGAAACUUAAUUCAGUUGCUUGGUUUCUGUAUUGAGGGUUCUCGGAAGCUUCUUGUUUAUGAAUACAUGAGCAACGGCUCACUUGCGGAUCUUAUCUUUAAGGCCAAAAGUGUGCACUCAUCUUGGAAAGAAAGGGUAAGACUUAUAUUCGAUGUGGCUAAAGGGGUCCUCUAUUUACAUGACGAAUGCAGUGUCCAUAUCAUUCAUUCCAAUUUGAAACCCCAAAACGUACUCUUGGAUCAUACUUGGACGGCUAAGAUAUCUGAUUUCGGUUUGGCCAGGCUGGUGCCAAAUGAAACAAAAAUCAACUCUACUGGAGGAGAAGGAGGAGGAGCGGGAACAGUCGAACAGGUGAGAAGAGGUUACUUGGCGCCUGAAUGGCAGAAGAAUGCUCUCAUAUCUGUAAAAGCUGAUAUCUACAGUUUUGGUAUUGUGCUUUUAGAGAUUGUAUGUUGUAGAAGAAACAUAGAAGUAAAUGUUUCAAUACCAGAUGAGAUAAUUCUUUCGAGUUGGGUCAGUAAAUGCUUUGCUGCUGGAGAAUUAGAUAAGCUUGUGGAGGAAGAUGAAAAUGUAGAUUUGAAGACCCUAGAAAGAAUGGUGAAAGUGGGGUUGUGGUGCGUUCAAGAUGAUCCAGCUUUGCGUCCUUUCAUGAAGAAUGUAAUCUUGAUGUUGGAAGGGACAAUGGACAUACCAGUUCCACCAUGUCCAGAGCUUCCCUCUCUUGUUUGAUGAAUGUGUUUCCAACUUAUGUCUUGAUAAAUUAUGUAUACGUGAUAUCAGUUCGGGUCGUACUCUUUAUGCC